AAAAAUGCGAGUUACAAUUUCCUUAUCAAGUUCGUGACGUUGAUGGCUCGUACAUAUGUAACAAGACGCGUAACUUUAUUUAGUUCGUACCUAUACUUUUUCAUACCCGGCUUUAAUUCGAUUACGUCCACUGAAUAUCGAGACAACUUGCUUUACAACACCAUGGAGCUUCUUGAGAUAUGCUUUACAUUAGUAGGUACCUAGGCAUAGAAGAAUUAGAGCACAUAACUGGUAUACAUGAUUAUGAUGAGAACUGACUGACCACUUCCGUAAACCCGGUGCGUUGCAUGUAAGCAGGCUCUGGUGUUUCGAGGCGAUGCCCCCCCCUCCUCGCAAAGCGCCGUCGCUAUUGGCGAAGGCCACAAUGUUUGGGCUACGAAGAGGUAGAAGAGACUGAGAGAGCUCUCUUCAGUGCUUUCUCUUCUUUUUUUUAUUCUUCUUCAAAAUGGCUCAGUAUCAUUGCUACUCUCCAACUACGCGUUGUAUAUUCGUAUUUGAAGCUUUCGAAACGCUAAAGAAAGGAUGUCCGAGACAUCGCCCUCCGUGCUUCAAUGGCUUCGCCUCUCAGAUCGUGAUGUCUCUGACAUAUGGAUUGGGUGUCUAGUUACUAUAUCGGCCAGCACCUUCUUAGCACUUCAUCUCAGCGUGAAGCCUUAUAAUCCUCCGGCGACCCCAGGGUCAUUGCUGAAAGGGUGGUGGCUAUCCCGUUUUAACCAUGAAGUCCGACGGCAAAUUCUCUGGACUAUCGUGAUGGUUAUUGCACCCGAACUUAUGGUCGGGUUCUCAUUUGGCGAUUGGCGUGCGGCAUCCGUAGGCUCUCAUAUGUUUAAGACCUUCGGAAAAGGACAUGUUCACGACUGGUCCAAGAUCCAUGCCAGUUUUGCGAAUAUGGGCGGUUUCAAAUUCAAGAUGAAGACGGACUCAUUCAACGGUGCCCAAUCCCGUUUGGUUGAUGAGAAGGUCUUGUUAGAAAUGUUUAAGAAUGCCGGUGUCUAUAAUACGACCUUCAAAGCCCUAAGGUGUCUCAUCGGAAACUAUACCAUGCCACUAAUCUUGUGGCUAAAAAGUAUCUCCGAGCGGUCUGCUGAGUAUUUGAAGGGUAUCUGGGAUCAUAUCAAGAAUCUUGCAAGAAGAAAAGCACCAACAGCUCCACCUGACCAUAGAUCACUAGCUAUAAGUUCCCCCACUGAGAACAUCGAGCUCGCCGACUUAAAUACCCAACUCGGAACCUUAGGAAAUAGUCGUCGAAAUAGACGUGAAACGGACGAGUCAAGACGAAAUGAAACGUCAUCGGUGCAAGCAGAGAGUUCGGCAUCUCAUAUCCCAGGCGAGGCUACAAGUUCUAUGGCAGCGUCAGCCACUAGUGCUAACAACUCAUCUCAACAUUCACGCACAGCCAGGGAUGAAGAAACGAUGGACCUAGUCCAUGGUGAAGUAAUUCUUUAUCUAAACGCGGCGCAGAUUGUUGUAGCCCAGUAUCUAGAGAUUCUCGACGAAGGACCCUUACUAAAUGAAAAAGAUAUCGAGGACAAGAGCAAGAACAACCCCCUAGCGAAGUUCUUCGCAAUUCUACCACUAUUCUGGUUUAUCUUAGGAAUAUUCAUCCAGCUCUUCCAGAAUGAGGAACUCACUCAGCUGGAGCUCUCAACUUUUACGUAUGCGAUCUGCGCAGCUAUUGCGUAUUGUCUGUAUUGGACCAAGCCCCAGGCCGUCGAAGUCCCGAUAGAGCAUUCAGUUAUGACCUCAGAUGCCGUUCACUCGAUAACCCAUCACGAUAUUCACAUUCUCAAAUCCUUUAGUGGCAGUUCCUUCCUAUCGCGAAACUGUACCCCACCGUUCGGUAUGGACAACAGGAUAGCAGAACCGUCAGAACCAGUCCCUACAGAUGUAUCUCUCACCGCGUUUGCUAUCGUUGGGUUUAAAGACCAAGCUGUCUUACUAUAUGAUGCUGAUCUGGCUAGCAUCGCCAUGGGUGUGGUAUUCGGGGCUAUAUACUGCCUUGGAUGGAACAAUACCUUCCCCUCGCACUGGGAGCAACUUGCCUGGCGCAUAUCAUCUUUAACUAUAACAGCGUCCCUCAUACCAUACUCUAUCGCCAACGCUAUCUGCACAAUGGCAUUCGGUAGGUUCACAGGCAGUAAGGCGCGAAUGACGCAUCCCGUGCAUAUCCUGGCGCUUGUUUUUCUGGGAAGUAUUUACGUUGCCUGUCGAUUUUUUAUGCUAUACGAGAUGAUUCGGGCGCUGAUCGUAUAGACUUAAAAAGGGAAAGGCUGAGACUCGUGGUACAGGUCGAGGGGAAAAUCUGAUACGGCCACGAUUGUCAACUCUAAGUAUCUUCUACUAAGCUUGAAUUAUACGGAUAGAAACAGUGUAUGGCGGCAUAGGUACGGGGGUUCUUUUAACUAUACGAGGUCUACGAGACUGCCAUAGUCGAUCAUAUUCUUUUCCACGUUUUUUAGCUUCAUAAGCAUCCUCUUAUUUAAAAGUUUUAAGGCUACCUUUCAGAUUCAAGACAAGACACAGGUGGAUACGAGGGUUUGACAUGGUUCAUACUUCAAUACAAAUAUUUGGGGAAUAUAAUAAAUUACGCUAUCUAACUUGGAAAUGAAUAUAUUCCAAGAGGUACAAUACUACUUUACCUUCAACAACG